AUGUCUAGAGAAUUUGAAUGUGAAGCCGCACCGCUGCUCACUCACUCAGAGGAACACGGAGUUGAAGACAAGCCGACAUUCGUCGCCAAAUUCUUCUCGCGAGAUGAUAUGACAUCUGUUACUCUUCCUUAUGGUAUCCUUUGUGGAGACCUAAACGGGGAGGAUCUCAGCGCAGCGAGUACAAGCAAACACGUUAAUACUAGUACUGAGGAUGUUACGGCAGCCAUCUUUAACGACUGCGUGGCGUAUAUCAAGGCAAUCGCAACUGGGUCCGGAAAUUUCGAGUGGUAUCACGACUUUAUCGCCUUCACUAACCUGCAGACGGUCAUUUACAACAACAGUGAUCUUCUUCAUGAAGGUGAGGACCUUGACCUCAUACUAGAGUAUACAAACAAACACAUACGCAACUUGCGGUCAUCAGUCGCACGUAAUGCGCUGAUGUUCGUAGCUUGUAUAGUGGAAUGUUCGACUCACAAUAAUACCCUGCUACUUACGAUAGCUGUAAAGCUCAUGCCACAGCUUUUCAAAUGCUGUACGUCAGAAAAGGCGGUCUACCGAAACCCGGCUAUUGAAAAUCUUAACUCGAUAUGCGAGAAAUGUCACCGCCUGGAAUUUAUAGAUCUAGCAUGGGUACUAAUGAAACACGCGUGCGAUCGCAACGCAAAGAUAUGCUCAGCCGCCACCCGUUGCCUGCUAACAUUCUUCGACAAUUUAAGUGACAAGGAGCUGCUGGAAGUUGACAGAAAGGUACUGAGCGAGCAUCUUGAGCCAUGCAUGGGUGGAAAAAAUGCUCAAACCAGGGAGCUGUGUUCGAAGUUAAUUUUCAGGGUGGUUGCCCUUAUUUCUCCAGAGGAUGCGAAAAUUUGGUGGUCGGAGAGUAAGCCUACAUCUAGACUUGCCAAAUUACUGAAAUCACACCCCAAAGUAGUCACAUCAACGGAUGCCCAAACGGAAUCCCCCAACGAAAUACAAGCUACACCAACGAAGGCUGCAUCAACUGGGGAGAUGGAGACCACGGAGACGAUGGAAAAAACGCGUGACUCAGAGGAAUCGAUGAUUGAGAAACCGGUAUGCGCAGUAAAUGCUGCUUCGGCUGGGGAAAUGGACAAUGAAGUCACGGUUAUCGACGCUGUUACCAGUGGAUAG